UCAAAAUCCAAAAUCUCUACUUUUCUUGUAUGUAUGUAACUUUUUUCAUGAAAAAUAACGACCACAAAAACAUGACCGAUUCUUCUUCUUCUCCAUCAACUUGGUAUCAAGUCUAUUUGAAGCUUAAAUUCUUUUCAAGAAUGCGAAGACGGUUCGCCAACAAGACCACGCCCAACGUUCGAUGUGAGCCGCCUUCUAGUCAGUCUUGUAAUGAAAGAAUAGUAGAUAUGAUCGUUGAUCAAAGAGAAAAGAUUGAAAUAAUUAAUCAUUGUGACGAAAAUGAUGACACGAUUUUACAAAAGUCAGUAAAGAGGCUUCAUUUUGGAAGCAAAGAAGAAAAGGCUGUCGCGGCUAAAGAGAUUAAAAGACUCGCUAGAGAUGAUAUGAGGCGACGAAAAAUGAUGGCGGAUCUUGGUGUUAUUCCGCCUUUGGUAGCUAUGGUUGGUUGUGAAUAUACGGCAGCACAUCGAAGGUUGGCCGUAGAAGCUUUAGUUGAGCUAGCAAAUGGGACAAUAACGAACAAGGCUCUGUUGGUAGAGGCAGGAAUCUUGCUGAAAUUGUCGGAGAACAUUAGAGUUGAAGAAUUAGCCAAAUAUGAAUAUGCACAACUCAUAAUGUCUUUAUCUUCGUUGGUGAAUGUUCAAUUCCCCAUUGAUUCAUCAAAGAUACUUCCACUAGUGCUACAUAUGCUUACAUCAGAUUCAAGUACUAUCGAAACCAAAAUGUUGUGUUUGACCACAAUUUAUAAUAUAUCAACCGUAAUAGGUAAUGUCGGAUCAUUGGCAACCGAUGAGCUCGUAAACGUUCUCUUGAAGUUAUCUUCUAUGAAAGAAGCAUCAGAAAAAGCUCUUGCAACAUUAGGAAAUCUUGUAGUGACUUCAAUGGGCAAAAAGGCCUUAGAAAGUAGCCCAAUGGUGCCCGAAUGUUUAAUAGAAAUUUUGACAUGGGACGAUAAAUCAAAAUCGCAAGAGUUGUCUGCUUACGUUUUGAUGAUACUAGCCCAUCAGAGUUCGUUGCAACGAACGAAAAUGGCAGACGGAGGAAUUGUGCCUAUUCUUCUUCAACUUGCCUUGUUAGGAAGCCCAUUAGCACAAAAAAGGGCCCUAAAGUUAUUGCAAUGGUUCAAAGAUGAAAGGCAAAUGAAAAUGGGUCCUCAUUCCGGGCCACAAUCGAGAAGGUUAUCGUGCGGUUCGCCUUUGAAUCGAGAGGAUCGGAAUGAGGGCAAAAAGUUGAUGAAGAAGAUGGUCCAACAAAGUUUGUAUAGGAAUAUGGAUACCAUUACUCGUCGAGCAAAUGGGGAUUCAAAUUCAAGCCCAAAUGUCAAACUAUUGGUGAUUAGUUCAAGUUCAAAGAGCUUGCCAUAUUAGAUACACAGAAGAAAUACGAGUUUACCUUUAUUUGUGCAAUCUUUUCAUUUUUCAAUGUACAUUAAAAGGAAAAAAGAAAAAAGAAAAAAAUCGUCCUGUCAAUGUACUCAUGAGUUAAUAUUUUUGUCACAAUUUUUUAACACUUA